GCCAACAAAGAGCUGCAACGACUAAGUUCACAACUCUCACAGGUCAAGGCCAGGGUGGACGCCAUUGCCAACGCCAUCGAUGAAUUCCAAGAAUAUAGCUUUCAAUACAAUGUUAAAAUUGUCGGUGUUCCCGAGGUGUGUUCUGACGAAGCGGCUUCAACAACAAGUAAGCUUUGUGUAAAAUUGUUUAAAGAAAUGGGAGAGAAUAUAUCAAUCCAAGAUAUUGACACUGCCCAUCGUGUUCCGCAAAGAAACAACGUCGGAAAUCCAAAGCCUAUAGUCUGCAGAUUCGUGAGACGGUUGGUUAAGGAAUCUCUAAUGGGCCUUACGUCUCAUUUACUUCAGUAA